AUGAUCAUAGCUUCAAAUAGUCACACUUUUCCCUCUAUUAAUAUUGAUUUUUCAAGUAAUCCCUAUCAAAUCAAAUAGACUUUUUUUAGUUAAUUGGCGAUAUUAAACUAUGGCAUUAUUAAUUUAUUAAAAAAUAAGAAACAAAUAUUUAUAUUUCAAUAACUUUUUUUGAAUUAUAUAAAUAAGAAAAAUUCGAAAUUUAUGAAGAAGUUAGACAAGUUAAUUUAUUUUAAUUUAAAUCGCUUUAUGGAAAUAUUUUAUAAUCUCAUUCAGAUUAUUUAGAACUUUAGAUUGUUGGCUUUUAAUUAUUGAACUGUCCUUAGGAGUUAGUGGAGUAACUAAAUUUCAUUCAACUUGCUAGGAAUGCGAUGGUACUACAAAAACUGAUUGUUUAUUCUGUUUUGAAUCAUCAAAUAGAAAAUACCUCCCAGAUUUUAAGGAGUGCAUUUGUGAAUAUGGAACUGUUGAUAUGGAUAACUAAUGUAUAACUUAUGAAAGUUUAAAUUUAACUAUUAUAAGUCCAGACGAAGUCAAUAUGUAAAGUUGUAAGUAUGGAUAUUUCGAAUUUGACAAUGCUUGUUUUCGAAGGUAUUUUAGUAUUUUUAUAAAAUUAGUCCAUCUACAAAUAUGGAUAAUGUUGUCACAUGUCUUGAGUGUUUAUAGAAUCUAAGGAAUGGAUGAAUAUGCUUUAUUGACCUCAUUAUAUUCACAUGAUGAUGGAAAUAUAUCCCAAUAUAUAUAUGAGACAGAUUUGUGUUAUAAAUUUGUGGGAAACGAUAUAAAUUAUUAUUUAUGUGAGGAUGAAUGUUUAUAUUGCUAAUUUUUUGAACAAUUUAAUUCCAAUAUCUAAUAAAUAACUAUCAUCUGA